AUGAUCAAGGGCUCGGAUGACCACACGACCGCUGCCGUUGGCCAGACCCGGCCGCAUCGGAGCGAUGACGUCGAGUCCGGGGCCGGCAGCCACGAGGUAGGGGCCUCGUCCUCCUCGACGACCACCUCCGACGACAGCGGGUCCGUCAACAGCGAAGGCCGGGAGAGCCUCUCGCACAUCUCGACCCAUGUGUCACUCGGCCCGGACAACCCGAUCGACCACUACAGCUCGUGCGUUGACAUCCCCGAUGAGGUGUACGACCGCAUCCCGAACCACCGGAAGCUCAUCAUUGUGGCCCUGCUGUCCUACUGCUCAUUUCUAGCACCCAUCUCUAGCACGUCGGUCCUUGCCGCGACGCCGGAGGUGGCCAGCGAGUAUAACACCACGGGAUCCGUCAUCAAUGUUGUAAAUGCUAUAUACAUGUUGUUCAUGGGCAUCUCGCCUAUCUUCUGGGGACCUCUGAGCGAGGUUUGGGGUCGGAAGCUAAUCACAUGCACAACUGCUAUUCUCUUCCUAGCAUGCAGCAUAGGAACAGCACUGGCACCCAAUCUUGCGGCUUUCUUCAUAUUCCGUGUGUUGACGGCUUUUGAAGGCACUGCUUUCCUCCUCGUUGGCUCUGCCUGCUUAGGUGAUAUCUUUCGACCUACUGAACGAGCGACAGCCAUGGGCUGGUUCUUAUCAGGGACCCUGGUUGGGCCAGCUUUUGGCCCCUUUAUCGGAGGAAUCAUCGUCACGUAUGCUUCAUGGAGAGUCAUCUUUUGGCUUCAGACAGGCCUUGCCGGCCUAGCUGCGUUGGGCGCAUUCACACUUCUACCAGAGACCAUACAUCACAAGAAGAUUGACGACCUGGAGGGCUUCACAAAGAGGAGAAAGCUCAAGGUCUUCUGGGGCAUGAUCAACCCCAUCCGCGUGCUACGGCUGUACCAGUACCCGAACCUCAUUAUCGUCGGCUUUGCGAGCUCCUCGCUCGUAUGGAACAUGUACGGCCUGCUGACGCCGAUCCGCUACGUGCUCAACCCGCGCUUCCACCUCACGACGCCGAUGCAGGGGGGCCUCUUCUACCUGGCGCCAGGGUGCGGCUACGUGAUCGGGACCUUCUUCGGCGGGCGGUACGCGGACCACGUCGUGCGCAAGCAGAUCAAGAGCCGGGGCACGCGCGUCGCCGAGGACCGCAUGCUGUCGGCGCUGCCGUUCAUGGGCGUGGUGAUCCCGACGUGCGUGCUCAUCUACGGGUGGGGCGUGGACCAGGACGUCGGCGGCAUCCCGCUCGCGGUCGUCACGCUGUUCCUGCAGGGCGUCGCGCAGCUGUUCUGCUUCCCCAGCCUCAACACGUACUGCCUGGACGUCAUGCAGAGCCGCGGCUCCGACGUCAUCGCCGGCAACUACUUUGUGCGCUACCUGUUCGCCUGCGUGUCUACCGCCGCCUGCCUGCCGGCCAUCGAGACCAUCGGCGUCGGCUGGUUCCAGACCAUCAGCGCGCUGUUCCUCUUCUUCAGCGCCGUGGGCGUCUGGGCUACGGUCAGGUGGGGCAAGGGGUGGAGGGACAAGGUGGACAGGCGCAGGAGGGCGAAGCGGGUGGCCAAGAGGGAGAAGGCGAGGGAGCAGCUACGGGAGCAGCAGGAGUUCGCCGAACACGAGGCUGAGAUACAGGCGGCGGCGGUGGCAACAGCAGCCCAGCAGGAGCUUCACGAGGAGAAAGACGCACAUAUCGGGGAGAAUGGAGACACUGCCGAGACCGCCGGCCGCCGAGAGGAGAGGAUGGCGGGUGAAACAGACAAGACGAAAGAGGAGGUUUGA